GACCCCGCGCCCGGCGGGCUGCUCUCCGGGGACUCGCGCAGCCCGCGCUCGCCGAGCCUUUGUCGCUCGCCAAGGCUUUGUCACUCGCCUCCAGCUCCAUCCGCGGGCUGUGGCUGCGCGAGCCUCGAGCCCUCCCAGUCCGGCGGUCCAUCCUCCGCGCCUCCAUCCUGCCCCAUCCCAGCCGGGGCAGCGGGAGCGCGAGCUGACCGCCGCGGAGCAUCCUUCGCCCAGGCCGGCCGCGCCACCGCCCAUGCCGCAGCCACUCCGAGGCUGCGACCGCGCGGCCGGAGCCCGCCGCUCGGUGACCUCAGCCUGGCCUCUGCGCGCCGCCCGAGUCGGCCCCGCUGAACCCCGGGCCCGGGAACGGGACCCGCGCCCCGCGAUGGCUCGGCUGGCGCUGAGCGGCGCCGAGUGCCCGCUGUCCGCCCGCUGAGGCGCGCCCGGCUGGGGACCGGCGAGGCCUUGGCGCUCCCCGCCGCGCCCUUCCCCCUCUGGGAGUUGCGCUGCUGUUUCCCGGGGGUGAGGGGACGGGGGCCCGAGACAAAGCCCACUUUGUGCGGGGAGUUGGCCGCGGGCGUGGAAUGAGCGCGUCGGCGCGCGCCCCCUCCCCGCGCCCCGCCAGCUGCGAGUCUUGGCUCCCCGGCUCGUCGCAUCGAAGAAAGCGCGCCUCCUCGCCACCCUCCCGUUCGGGGGUCCCGGCUCGGAGCUGAUGCGGCCAGGAGUCGCCUCGGUGCUCCCCGGAGCGCACGCUGCCUUGAGCGUGCGAUAUUUUGCAGAGAAAUCUGUUCUCUCCAAAACUGGGACUUGGGGAGCCGGGUCGGCCUGAGCACCGGUGCCUUGACCCUCUGUGGCCGCAGGUCGGAGCUGUUUGGCCUCAGUUUCCCUCCGACUUUUCUCUUUGCAAGCCCAGACUGCUGCCGUCAUUGUUCUCGCUGUCAAAUGGGGGAGCUUUGAGAAGGCUGCCAACUUGGGGUGUGUUCUCUUUAUUCCGUUUCACAAAAAGAACAAAGCCUCUAAGGCUGACCCCAGACAACCACCUCUCUAUCCCCUACUUCACGUUGAGGCACUGAUUUUUUUUUUUUUUUUCCUUAUCGAGUAGUAUUUUAUUGUACAGGAGCCACGCCCUGGUUUCUUAAAGGCGCCUUACGCUCUGUUUGGCCAUGUGUUAUCUCUGCAGCUGGUGUGUGGGAGGCCCCCUGUGAGCCACCUAUUUUUUUCCUGCCUCCUGAUAUAUACUCCCACCCCCAUCAAGGAUUUGGGGAUGCCCGGGGGGAAGAAAGUGGCGGGGGGUGGCAGCAGCGGCGCUGCCCCCACUGCCUCUGUCACCCCCUCUGGGGUCAGACGUCUGGAGACCAGCGAAGGGGCCUCAGCCCAGAGAGAUGAUGAGCCAGAAGAGGAAGGCGAAGAGGACCUGCGAGAUGGAGGCAUCCCCUUCUUUGUCAACCGGGGUGGGCUGCCUGUGGACGAGGCCACCUGGGAAAGGAUGUGGAAGCACGUGGCCAAGAUCCACCCCGAUGGAGAGAAGGUGGCCCAACGGAUCCGUGGGGCCACAGACCUGCCCAAGAUUCCCAUACCGAGUGUGCCUACGUUCCCACCCUCUACGCCUGUCCCUGAGCGCCUGGAAGCCGUGCAGCGCUACAUCAGGGAGCUGCAGUACAAUCACACGGGGACACAGUUCUUUGAAAUUAAGAAGAGCAGACCUCUGACAGGGCUGAUGGACCUGGCCAAGGAAAUGACCAAAGAGGCUCUGCCAAUCAAAUGCCUGGAAGCCGUGAUCCUGGGAAUUUACCUCACCAACAGCAUGCCCACCCUGGAGCGCUUCCCCAUCAGCUUCAAGACCUACUUCUCAGGGAACUACUUCCGCCACAUCGUGCUGGGGGUGAACUUCGGCGGCCGCUACGGGGCGCUGGGCAUGAGCCGGCGCGAGGACCUGAUGUACAAGCCGCCGGCCUUCCGCACGCUCAGCGAGCUCGUGCUGGACUACGAGGCCGCCUACGGCCGCUGCUGGCACGUGCUCAAGAAGGUGAAGCUGGGCCAGUGCGUGUCCCACGACCCGCACAGCGUGGAGCAGAUCGAGUGGAAGCACUCGGUGCUGGACGUGGAGAGGCUGGGCCGUGAGGACUUCCGCAAGGAGCUGGAGCGCCACGCCCGCGACAUGCGGCUCAAGAUUGGCAAAGGGACCGGCCCUCCCUCUCCCACCAAGGACCGGAAGAAGGACGUUUCCUCCCCGCAGAGGGGCCAGUCCAGCCCCCACCGCAGGAACAGCCGCAGCGAAAGGCGGCCAUCGGGUGAGAAGAAGCCUUCUGAGCCCAAAGCCAUGCCAGACCUCAAUGGGUACCAGAUUCGGGUGUGAGGCAUGGGGCAGUACGCCAGCCUUGCCACUUCCGGGGGCCAGCAGCCAUCUGCCAGAGCCAGCCUCGUUCGUGGGGAGCGAGGGGCUGGUGAUGGGGGGGCAGGGCAAGAGGCAGCAGGAAGAGCCUGUCUCAGCUCAGCCACCCAAGCUGCUGCCCCUCUCACUGGGCCAGGACCCCUAACUUUGGGCCAAGAAGCAGUUAGUAUUUUAUUUGGAGUUUUUAACCCAAUAACUGAAGUUUAAAGUGUUUGGGGAAAGCUUAAAAAACUAAUGGAUCUGCCCAUCACCAGAAGGCCAGUGCUUAGGAGAUCUAAGUUCCACAAGGCUGGGUAAGGAGGGGUUGCUGGCUCUGCCGGCAGCUCUCUGGGACUUGAAUCCAUCCAGUCUGUGGGAAAUCUCCCAGCCCCACUUAGCCCGCGGCAGGAGGGAUGGACGUGUUCCUCCAGUUCUGCCUGCUAUGGCAGAAUCUUGACCCAGGGAACGGGAAGCAGGGUAGAAAUCAUCCUGGGAAAGGGCUGUAUAGCCAGUAUCAGGACCUUGGCACAAGACCACAUCUGCCCCAAGAGCAGAGCCCAAGGCCUGGGAGAGCCCUCGUGCCCUUGUGGCCCAUGGACAGUGCUGUGCGGGCUGUAGGAGAGCCCAGGAGAGACCUCUGUGGGGAGAGCUCCCAGGCCCCUACCUGGUCCCCUUGCUUAGUCCAGUUCUGCCUGUUGCUGGAGCUAGGGGACUCCCUGCAGAGGGGCUGGGCUUUGCCAAAGGCCCAGAACUGCACUGGACUCAGUGUGACUGUAGGGACUGAGCCAGCCUGGUGGGUUCAGGAACUGUGGCUGGGGUAGAGUGGGACAGUCGGGCCUGGGGCUAUCCCCUGGCAGUCCCCAAGGGUUGGGAGGAGGCACUGCUACUCCCCCCUUUCUGUUACCUCAGUCCUCGCUCUGAAAAGAAGACCCGAUCAGGAUGCCUGUGCCUCAGGCCUAUCUCCCCACAUGCAGCAGCCCAUCUAGGUUUGGGGGUACCAUUGAUGAUCACAGCUUGUCAGGGAAGAAUCUGAACAGCUGGGAGUCUGCACAGCCUGCCUGUCGAGUGAGAGAUACCUGGCAGGCGAGUGAGAAGUGGAAAGAAGUUGGCAGGGUUGGGAGAAGGUUCUAGAGGCUGAAGCAACAAGGUGGUGGUAGGACAAGUGUGCAGCUGGCCACACAGAGGAGCAGAGCCCGGGGACAGGGGAGUGUAAGUGAGAGAAGGAUGUGGGGAGAGUUGAGAAUCAGGGAGCUUGGGGAAUAGUGAGUUCUCAGCUGCUGGCAGUGUCCAAGCAAAGCCUGCACGGCUACUUGUCGGGCAGCUGUAGAGCGGAUUCAGGUGAUGGAAAGGCAGCUGGGUAUGAUGACCGGUAAGGUUUCUUUUCACCAAGAGGCUGUGAUCCAGCCAGGGCCUGGGCCCUGGAAAAGGGAGGAUCAGAACCAGGGUGGUGAGCUCACACGCCCUCAGGGCCAGGCGGGGGCUCGGAGGGGGGCUGCAGGGCUGGGUGGGCACUGUGGCCACUGAAGCGGCUACUCCUGCUCCGCCAGGGUCCCUGCCUCGCCAGAUAGUCUGAUUUUUUUUUUUCCCCCAGAAGCCAGAACUCUGGAUUUUUGUGUGAAAUAUCCUGACUUUUAAAUGUUGGCUAUCAGUUCAGAAAACUUAAAAACCCAACAUGAAAGAGGAUGCCAGUUUGUAAUCUGAGGUGGAGCGCGCUUGUGCCGGGUAGAAGUCCACGGAGAGGCUUUGAGGUGGAGAUCAUGAAAGUUCUAGGCUUCCCAGGGCAGGCUGGGCCAGGGCAGGGUCCUUGCCACGGAAGCUGCUCGCAGAGAGGGCAGCUGGCCCAUGUCUGUCUUCCUUAGUCUCCCUGCAGACCAGAGACCCACUAGGGUCACCAGCAGAGGUGGUGUGGAGACCGGGGAGAUGGAUGGGGUGAGAGAACCGGAGAAAAGAGGGAGGGAGGGAGACGGGAUGCUUUUGCUAAUGCGAGUGCCCGUCAGGGAAGCACGGGAGGCUGGCAGCUCUUCACACCAGCAGCUUGGGCCCGGAGCCAGGCCCAGCAGGAAGCCAGCUGGGCAGUCCCUCGGGGUCCUCAGGGUUCACCAGGCCCUGCGGAGGCACCUAACCUGCCCCCGGACUGUACCCCAGCCAGGCCAAUUCCAGGGCCGUUGUGACCCCUGACUCACCAUCCUGGUUCUCAGGGCGUGGGGUGGUGGUCCCCACGUUCCCCACAUUGGCCUGAGGCAGAGACGGCUCACUUGGGGAGGUGUGCUGCUGAAAACGAACAAGGCCUUUCCCGGGUCUACGUGUGGGUGCCUCGUGCAGGCCACUCAUCAGCAGGGGAGGGGAUUCAGAUACCCCUGUAGGGCUUGAGGGAAGACGAGUGCUAGGGGAUUGGGGUCAGGGAGACAGGAGGAACCUGCUCAGCCCACAGGCUCUGCCCUACGCAGUCUGGGAGCAGGAAGUGGAAUGAGGCCCACCCCUAUUGCUGCCCGCAGGAGGGAGCUGAUCACCCUGAGCUGGGAGCCUCCAGCACACCCUCUCCUCGCUGAGACCUCGGGCCUGUGAUGGCCACCACAGGAUACAGCGGUGCUUUUUAAUUUAUUUUUAACAUUUUCUCCUAUGUAGCAAGCCCUCCUCCCCUCCUGAGCGUGUUUACACAGGCUCCGCUCCCUGGGGCUGGCCUGACUGCAGAGUUUCUGGGGAGGCAGAGGAAGGGACUUUGGGGCCUUAGUCACCAUCCUUGAUUUCACCUCAUCCUACUUCCUGUGAGGAACAGGCGCCUGGCUCCUGACUCAGGACUGCCUUCCAGCACUCAGUAGGGGCUCCUCUGCCCGAAGGAGUUGCGGGGCUGCUGGCCGAGGAGGCCCCAAGGUGAGGUCAGAAAAAGCUGCUUAAUGAAGGGUAGGGGUGGCAGUGAGUGCUCCCCAAAGUCCACCUCCUCGUGCUUAGUGCCAGCACCCAACACUGGGAAGCUGGGUUUAGAGAGCCUUCCUGCCCAACUAACUGCCAGUCCUCUCCCGCCCAUGGCCUCAACACAGUCAUGUUCGCCUCACCCAUCACGCCAGACCUCAUCCUUCCUGGGCGUGGACACGUGGGAGGGUAGCAGCCCCCUGGCCGGGGAGUCACGAAGCCUGGAGCGGGGAUCCCGAGGAGCAGAAAAGGCCAUAAGCCAGCUGUGUCUGUUUUCUGGCCCUCUCUGUCAGCACACGCCCUAAUUCCUUCCAUCUCGAACUCGACCUUCUGGCUCUGAGAUGGGGUCCAGUUUUGGUCAGCAGCAUGCCCAGAGGCCCAUGUGUCCAUGUGCACCUAGGUCUCCUGCCUGAGUAUCUUUCUGGCUUCGAUGCACCCAGCCCAUCCCUCUGGCCUUGAAGGCAAGUGCAAGGCAGGUCAGCAUACUGUGUUCUUUGUGCCCCAGCACCCCUGUCCUGAAGACUCCGUUCUUUCCCGCUGAGGAACCAGCUGAAGGGUGGGAGGGGGCCUGCCCCAGGCCGGGCAGUCUGCUGUGGUGCUAGCUGCAAGCCCAUCAGUGUUGACCCCCUUGCCACAUCCUAGUGCUCCUGAGUCCCAAGUUCCCCUUUCUCUCCGGUGUGCGUGGCCCAGGGGCCUGGUGAUGGGGGCCACCCCUCCCUCAAGCUUUGUGUUGGGCUGUGGGACCAGACUUUGUCCUUCUUGCUCUUCCCGUGUCAGUAUUGCUCCCUCCUCUCUCACUUUUACACCCCUCUCAUCGCUGUGCUCACUUUUUUCCUGAAAUGAAUAAAAGCUCCCCGGCUCCGGUUGCAUGGGCCGGGCAGAAACCACAUGGAA